UCUUUUAUACACAUCUGCCUAGCAAGUAGGGCGGUAGUUGGAAAUACCCAAUCUAAAGCAUUAAAGAUUUGCUGGCAAAUAGCAAAGGCAUUUUCUGCUGAGGAAAAAAUGUUACACUGAGUAGUCACUUUGCAUGCUUAGGAGUUACAGUCAAAUAUCCAAACACUGUGGAGUUACAGUGCAUUUAUUAUUUUGUCAAGUACUUAACACACUGGGAAGUGACUCUGCUGUAUAUUUCAUGUCCACAAAAUCAUGAUAAUGAAUUCAAAUGAGAAGAUACUUGGCAAUGGCCUAUGAAGAGGAACAGCCUUCUGCAGAAGUCAGGUUUGUCUGCCUCGCUGUUGAUAUUUAGCUCCAGAGAAGCGGAGAAAGUUAUUGAAAGUAUCAUGCCACAUAAAUGGGAGAACGACAGGAAAAAGAGCAGCAUCACCAGCUCUCUGAAGAUGGAUCGCAAGAGCAACGCUGGGAACAGGAAGUCAAGAAAGUUUCGCUCUAUUUCAAGAUCACUUAUACUUUGCAAUGCCAAAAACAGUGAUGAUGGGUCAAGUCCAGAUGAGAAAUGCCCCGAUUCCUUUGAGAUUUCUACCAAUUGGGGUCAAGAGGAUUUUGACUGCUGUUCUAGAACACAACUGCCAUGCACAUCAGAAACAGAAGACAGCCCACCCGAUCCUCCAUGCGUGAUCACCAGCAUGGUCCAGUCCAAAGCUGCGGCAAAUGAAAACUGCAACAACAUGAGAAGAAAGUUAUUUGUCAAGGACAGCUGCAUAUGCAGGCUGUGUACAGCCACAGGGAACAGCAACUCAGGAAUCAAGCUCGCCAGGAGUCCAAACUGUACAUCUCUGCGGAAGGGGUUCACAGGCAGCCAGGUGACUGCUGGAGGCACAGCAAACAGGGAUGGUCAUCAAAGCCCAAGGGAUGAACUGUUAACACUAAAUGGACAGUCACUUAAAGAUCUGCCCAGCAGAGAGGCUGAAUCUCUCAUUCAGUCAACAACACGGCUGGUGAACAUAGUGAUGGCUAGCAAAGAAACGUCAGUCUGUAAAGAAAGGCCUUUGGAAAUACAGAACGGCUGUUUUCUGCACGGUAAAGCCACCUGUCAACGGACUCGCAGCAACUCGACCAGCGUGAACCCGUACUGGAGAGGGGACAGGGACGGCGCGGCACCCCGCGGAGCCGGGCCUCUCCGGGACCGGCAGCCGCCCGCGCUCACCACCGGCAGGAAGUCGCUCUCCCAGCAGCUGGACUGUGCCGGAGGCAGAACCCCAGCUAUUUCAAGGUCAUCUAGAUCACUAAGUACAGCACAGCUAAUGCAUGCAUCUUGUGGCUCACAGGCUUCGGUAAUCUCAAACAUCGUAUUGAUGAAAGGACAAGGGAAGGGUUUAGGCUUCAGCAUUGUUGGAGGGAAAGACAGCAUUUAUGGGCCAAUAGGCAUCUAUGUCAAAACCAUCUUUCCUGGUGGAGCUGCUGCUGCUGAUGGAAGGCUACAAGAAGGUGAUGAAAUCCUGGAACUGAAUGGAGAAUCCAUGCAUGGAUUAACACAUUAUGAUGCUUUACAAAAAUUCAAGGCCAAAAAGGGUCUUCUCACGCUUACAGUCAGGACAAGCUUUAGCACACCUCAUUCUGCUUCCAGCUAUCUAUCGCCCCACUUGUGUCAGUCACUGAGCUCUAGUACAUGUAUAACCAAAGAAAACAGCUCUUUCAGUUCAGAAAGCACGGCAUUCUCCUUGAACGCUACAAAGCCCAAUGACAGAGUCAUAAUGGAGGUUACCCUAAACAAAGAGGCAGGUGUCGGCCUUGGAAUUGGAUUGUGCAGCAUCCCUUACUUCCAGUGUAUUUCCGGGAUUUUUAUUCAUACCCUCUCACCGGGCUCUGUGGCACAUAUGGAUGGGAGACUCAGGUGUGGAGAUGAAAUCAUUGAAAUUAACGAAUCAUCGGUACAAAAUAUGACUCUUAACGAAGUUUAUGCUGUGCUAAGCCAUUGCAGUCCUGGUGCGGUGCAGAUUAUUAUUAGCAGACACCCAGAACCACAGGUGUCUGAGCAACAGCUGAAAGAAGCUGUUGCACAAGCUGUGGAAAACAACAGAUUUGGAAGGGAGAGACACCUGUGGAGUACUGAAGGUGUCAAAAAACUAGAGGCAAGCUGGCAUGGAAGACACCCAUGUGAAAAACAUAUUGAGAGGAAUGCUGCUUAUUGCAACCGCAGGACACAGAAGAUAAUGACCCGCUCCAGCAGUGACAGCAGCUACAACCCUAGGUCAUCUUGUAGUAACGGUACUGCUUACCAACUGGCUGACUUGAAGGCAAGGGUACAUAGCAUUGAUGUACCCAUUACCAGACAGCCUGGCCUGUUGCACUCAUUGUCUGGAAACAGUCUGGAGAGAAAUUCCCCGCCUACUUGCAGUGAAGGAGGUGGACUCCUACAAAACACUAAGAAAUCAACAGAGAUCCUCGUUAGAAAACCUAGGUCAUCAAAGCCAAAGCCUCCACCAAGGAAAUAUUUUAAGCAGGACUGUACAGGUAACGACCAGUGUAAUGCAGACAGGAAAGAAAAGCUUGCAUCAGAAGUGGCCGUAUUGCCUCCUGCAAAUGUUCAGCAGGAAGGUGGAGAACCAAUGCAAGAGGGACACAAAACUGUUAUAACCCACAGUGUCUUUACCACUUCUCCUACAGCACAUGACACUGAACACAUAGCUGCUGUUCCAGUGGGCAAAGAUCAGGAAAGAAAACCAAACCUAGGGAAUCCUCUUUCAUCAAUACAACGGCCUGUACUUAAAAGACAAGCACGAGUAGAUUAUAGUCUUGAUACAACAACAGAAGACCCUUGGGUUAGAAUUUCUGACUGCAUAAAAAGCUUAUUUAAUCCUACCAUGAGUGAAGACAACGGACACUUAGAUUUGCAAUCUGGCAUCAACACAAAUGAAGAAAAUCAAAAUCAAAGCAGCUCAGAGGCAGUUCUGCAGAAAUCAGAUUCAGAAAUAGUCAGUUCAAAAGCGCUAAAAUCAGAUGCAAAUGAUGCUGUGAAAAAGGGUCCUCCCGUUGCACCAAAGCCAGCCUGGUUUCGCCAAAGUCUGAAAGGACUGAGGAAAGCAAAUUCAGAUCAAAAAACACAAGCAGAGCAAAGUCCUACUGACCUCCAGAGUAUUUCCAGCAAAGAACUGCGCUCCAGCUUAUCCCGUGUGUCUUCUAGGGGAUCAUCAAUAAAGCAAAGAAUAAGUUCAUUUGAAUCCUUGAGUGCUCCUCAGUCACCUGAAAAAGUACACCGAAGGCUCAGCCCCAAACCGUCCGUUCAGAAGGAACACUCUCCCAGUGCAAAAGGGUCGGGAGAGGCUCUGCCCCAAUUAACCCAAACCUCUCUCCAGUGUUCUGAAAAUAGCCAACAGCGGUCAGAGUCACCUGUGCUCAUGGGGACAAAGAGCCUAGGUAGAUCUCCCUCUCCCGAGGAGGCCCUAGCUAGUGCAGCUAGCUCAGAGAAAAGCAACAAUGCCAACACUGAAAAUUCCUUGGGUCUCCUAACUACAGAAACCAAUGCACCUUCCCCUCUAGUAUCAGUAACAAAAGCUCACAGCCUAAGAUCACGAAGCUUCCCGCUUACUGCUACCCAGUCUUGUGAGAUGAUGAAGACGUAUGAUGAAAAAUACAGCAAACUCUAUUCCAUCAGUAGCCAGGUGUCAUCUGCUUUAAUGAAAUCUUUGCUUUGCCUUCCUCAGUCUCCAGUCCCUCCUGGAAACAAUGCAUGGGAAACUCUGGAUACGUUGUCUCAGUCCUCUGUGGAGGAGGAUGGGACUUCUCUCUCACCCACAAAUGAAACUCAUCACUUGGACACUGGAUUUUCUCUAAACCUCUCUGAGCUGAGAGAAUACACCGUGAGCUUAGCAGACAAUGAGAAAGAGGAAGAGAAACAGGAACAUGGCUCACCUCAAGCUUCCGGUGCAGCAGGGCAGUCUGUCAUCUCUCUACUUUCCCCUGAAGAGUUAGCAAAGCUUAUAGAGGAAGUCAAAUCACUAGAUGAGGCAACCUUAAAGGAAUUUGAUGAUAUUCAUGUUACAAUUCUGCAUAAAGAAGAGGACACUGGGCUUGGAUUCAGCCUGGCAGGAGGCAUUGAUCUAGAAAACAAAGUGAUAACAGUUCACAAAGUGUUUCCUAAUGGACUAGCAGCUCAGGAAGGAACUAUUCAGAAAGGAGAUGAAGUAUUAUCCAUUAAUGGAAAGUCUCUUAAAGGUGCCACUCACAACGAUGCCUCAGCAAUCAUGCGACAGGCCCGACAGCCCAGGCAAGCUGUUGUCGUCACUAGAAAAGCUAAAGAUGGAGAAAAGAGUCUUGAUGUUUCAAUUGAUUCUAGUACAUCUUCAGUAGCAAGUGAUGUCUCACAAGAGUCUGCAACUGAAGAUACAAUCUGCACUGUAACUCUAGAAAAAACACCUGCUGGUUUAGGAUUCAGUCUGGAAGGAGGGAAGGGCUCUAUUCAUGGAGAUAAACCCAUUGUCAUCAACAGGAUAUUUAAAGGGAUUGCAUCAGAACAAAGCAGCCCUGUUCAGCCUGGUGAUGAGCUAUUACAAGUGCACACGACUGCUAUGCAAGGACUCACUCGUUUUGAAGCGUGGAAUAUAAUCAAGGCAUUACCCGAUGGGCCGAUCACAGCUAUCAUCAAGAGGAAGAAUCUGAGCUCUGUUACCACCAAGUCAUCUGAAACUUUGUAAGAAGAGGAAUUAGACUACCACCAAUAUUACAAACAGAAAAAAGGUUUCGUUACUGAAAGCCAUUUGGCCAGCACAGCAAGAUGUUGUGAAAGUAUGUAUGAAAAAGUACAUAUGAUCCUACUGCCAGUUACAGAUGUUUUUGCAAUUCCAGAACAAGCUGUUUGGGAUAAAAUGAGAAGAUAUGCACAAAAUGCUCAUGAUUCUUAUUUCAACUUUCAGAAACAGAUGUUACAAAGUGUAAAAUAAUGAUUUUAUUAACAAUAUACUGGUUGUAAAAUGUGUGACAGCUACAGUACUGUCUUAUUUUAGCCAUUAACUUAAGAAAAUAAGAAACAUAUUCUGAGCUAAGUUUUCAGCCCUGUUCUAAUAGUUUUGCUCCCUACCCUACAUUUGUAGAAGGAGGGAACAUGUCUGCAACCCUACAACUAAACAUGCUACAGCACAGAAAAAGACUUAAACAAUGUGUAAAGGGCAGAGAAAUGGGGAUGCAAGUCAAAACUACAACAGUCCCUGGAAAACUCCAGCUUUUCUAUUCAAACCACAGAACAGUCAAGAAUGCCAAAAUCUGUCUAGGAGAACUUUCUACUAGCAGCUGACAGAACCAUCUCAACUCCAGCAGGCAAACACUGGGAAAAAAGGGAGCAUCUGUAGGUGUUGUAAGGGUGAGGCAGGAAGCUAAGGGUAAUGUAGUGGAGGUUUUUAUAUUCAUUCUCUGGCCAGAAGUCUGAGAAGACUAAUGCAGGAGAGUAACAAAGCCAUUUAGAACCAUGUCUUAUCUCCUGCCUGCACAUAAACUUUAAAAUAUCAUGGUAUUGAUUUCAUAAA